UGAACAGGACCGGGUUGAUUGCAACCGCAAACGGUGAGGCCUCGCUGCCCUGUCAGUGAGGCGAGGUUGGCACCGUGACCGCCUCCGGACCUCUCCACACUGCAGGCUGGAGCCUCGUAAAUGGAACAUUUUCGGAAAUCAAGGACCGAAUGUUUUCCCAUCUACCUUCCCUGCAGCUGCUAUUGCUGAAUUCUAACUCAUUCACGGUGAUCCGGGAUGAUGCAUUCGCUGGACUUUUCCACCUUGAAUACCUAUUCAUCGAAGGGAACAAAAUAGAAACCAUUUCAAGAAAUGCCUUCCGUGGCCUCCGUGACCUGACUCACCUGUCUUUGGCCAAUAACCACAUUAAAGCACUACCCAGGGAUGUCUUCAGUGAUUUAGACUCUCUGAUUGAACUAGAUUUAAGGGGUAAUAAAUUUGAAUGUGACUGCAAAGCCAAGUGGUUGUAUCUGUGGUUGAAGAUGACAAAUUCCACUGUUUCCGAUGUGCUGUGCAUCAGCCCUCCGGAAUAUCAGGAGAAGAAGCUUAAUGACGUAACCAGCUUUGACUAUGAAUGUACAACCACAGAUUUCGUGGUUCACCAGACCCUGCCCUACCAGUCGGUAUCCGUGGACACGUUCAACUCCAAGAAUGAUGUGUACGUGGCCAUCGCACAGCCCAGCAUGGAGAACUGCAUGGUGCUGGAGUGGGACCAUAUCGAGAUGAAUUUCCGGAGCUACGACAACAUCACAGGCCAGUCCAUCGUGGGCUGCAAAGCCAUCCUCAUUGAUGACCAGGUCUUUGUGGUGGUGGCCCAGCUCUUCGGCGGCUCUCACAUUUACAAAUACGACGAGAGCUGGACCAAGUUUGUCAAAUUCCAAGACAUCGAAGUGUCUCGCAUCUCCAAGCCCAAUGACAUCGAGCUGUUUCAGAUCGACGAUGAGAUGUUUUUCAUCAUCGCAGACAGCUCUAAGGCGGGGCUGUCAACGGUCUAUAAGUGGAACAGCAAAGGCUUUUACUCGUAUCAGUCCCUGCACGAGUGGUUCCGCGACACGGACGCAGAGUUCCUCGACAUCGAUGGGAAAUCGCAUCUCAUCUUGUCCAGCCGCUCCCAGGUGCCCAUCAUCCUCCAGUGGAACAAGAGCUCCAAGAAGUUCGUCCCCCAUGGCGACAUCCCCAACAUGGAGGACGUGCUGGCUGUGAAGAGCUUCAGGAUGCAGAACGCCCUGUACCUUUCACUCACCCGCUUCAUUGGGGACUCACGGGUCAUGAGGUGGAACAGUAAGCAAUUCGUGGAGGUGCAGGCGCUGCCAUCCCGGGGCGCCAUGACCCUGCAGCCCUUCUCUUUUAAAGAUAAUCACUACCUGGCCCUGGGGAGCGAUUACACGUUCUCGCAGAUAUACCAGUGGGAUAAAGAGAAGCAGCUGUUCAAGAAGUUCAAGGAGAUCUACGUGCAGGCCCCGCGCUCGUUCACAGCCGUCUCCACCGACAGGAGAGAUUUCUUUUUUGCAUCCAGUUUCAAAGGGAAAACAAAGAUUUUUGAACACAUCAUCGUUGACUUAAGUUUGUAAAGGUGUGAAGGGUGAAUUUAAAAAGAUCGUGUAGCGUUAGUUCUCACAAGAGGGGUCCAAGAAAAAAUAAAAUAAUAAAAUAACAUAAGCCAGGCUCAGAGCUCUGAAGUUCAACUUUAAAAUGGGGAAAUAGUUAGAAGUUUUCAAACUUUUAGGAUUCGCAUUUUAAUCAGGGAUUGCAUUUACUGGCUAACUGCAUGACAUGCCCAUUCUAUCAUUUAAAAAGGCACCUGGUAGCCUGUGAUUUCCAAGAGAAGAGUGCAGCAUUUACUCUUACCAUUUAGAAAGUAAUGUGCUUUUUCUUUCUUUUUAAUGAGGAAGGAGAAAAAUGGAUAAGGUGGGAUAGCUCUUUUAAUGAGAUAAUAAUGAUAAUAAAUAAAUAAAUGGAUAAAUAAACCAAACCAAACCUAUGGACCCUUCUCAUUCCGUUUUAGCAACCUUUUGGGUAAGAAAUGUUAAAGCCAAAGGCAGCUGAAGAUAUUGCCUGAUGAGUGGUUUAAAAGCCUCAGAGCACUCAGCAGUGCUAUUCUGAGCCAUCCUGAUUUCCUGAAAGUAACACCCAGCCUUCCAGAACAUUCUGUAAUGCCAAAAUCUUCCUCCUUUGGUUGGCUUAUGUAGAUGGAUGCUCAUCAUGGUGUGAUGAUGAAAGUUUGAUAUUUGACAAACAGCUGAAAGUUUGACAUUGCUCCCUCUUCCACAGAGAAAACACUCUGGCAACACAUGUCUAGGCCAGCAUGGGUUCCGGGCCCAGCAGUGAGACCAAAGAAUGUUUCCGUCUCUCGUGCACUUCAAAGCAGGCCCUCACGCUGGCCAGGGCGACAGCGCCUGUUUGAUGUGCUCUGUGACUUCUCUGCUUCUCUGAACCUAUCCUUUGAAUUUGUGGGCAACCAGCAGACAGGCCAAAGACUGAACAGAGCUUUCUUUUCUGUCCCUCAGAGGGCGGAACAGGUGUUUCCAUCUAAUGCGCAUUUGGUAGGCUCUUUUGAAGUGAGAUUUCUCAGAGUCAAAGGGGACUUUACUUACACAGAUUGUAAUGCGCUUUGAAACCCAGAGGUGGCUCUUUGAUUUAUGCAUGUCUUUGCCCUCUGGACAACUUAAUAUGUCCAGUAAUCGAAUAGCACUAACCCUAAGCCUGCCCACCGGCCUUCCUCUCUUCUCCUGGUAUUGCUGCGGCUAGCACUGAAGGUGCUAUAGACACCAGAGCCCAACCAGGCUUCCCAUGCUGGGGACACACCUUCCUCUCCCGGUUUUCUAGAGCCAGGCUCCCCUCCCACACCAGGGGCUGAAUCCCAACACCAUGCCUGUGAUGGGGGGACAGGGGACCUAUUUCAAAAUGGAGCUCCGGGGUUGACAACAGGGAACCCCACUGGCUGUGGUUUUACAGAAGGUUCCUAGUGGACAUUCUGCCUGUGUGGCUGAUUCUUUGCAGAGACCAUGAAACAAAUGUUCUAGGGGUAGAUUUAAAGGAGUAACCCAGCAAAUUCCUUCUUGCCGCAGAAGUGGGACCAUUACACUGUACCGUGUGUAUGUUUUGAUGAUGAUUGGCCACGUCAUAAAUAGGUAGCUGUUUUCCAUGAGUGUGAAUGUGUUUGUUGUUUCCUGACUUGAAGCAAUGCAGAGCGAGCAAUAAAUGGCACUCUGAGAACGGUACGUUGGUGCCCCGUCAGCGCUCUGGGGUACAUUCUGGUACCGCAGCUCAGGCUUCCAGCACAGGAGACCAGGGGUGUUCUGAGCCCGCUCACCCACACUCAGUCGUGUGGUUGCUCACAACUCUCCAACAAAAUACCAAACAACACAGAGUUUGUUUUCAUUUUUUUUUUUUAAUGUACAAACGACUCUUUUGCUUUGUUGGUUUAUUUGAAUCAGUGACAAAUGCCCACAUCUUCACACUGGAGGCUAAAAGCAGGACAUGGCUGCAUCCCUCCAGCUGCAGAGCAGGAACUCUAUUCUUCCGGAUACAUGGGACCCUCAGAUGGGCUGGACGGCCAAACAGACAUUUGGCAAACUGUACAGGGGACCCUGAGACAGCCCUAGAUCUUGCACUGGGUUGAAAUGCUUUUCCCAAUUCUAGCUGAAUAUAGAAUAGGCACCUGGGGUGUCUUUUCGCACCUCAGCCUCCUUGAAGCAAUGCACGGACUUCUCAGUGGUGCGGAAGGGUGAAGUUAGGAAUUGGCCACCCACACUCUCUGUGCUGUACCCAUUGCUUAGAAUCUGGAAGAACCGGACUCGGCUUGGGUUGGGACGUAGAGAGUCCAGAGGUGGCAUUUGAGGGUGAAAGAAAGAUCUCCAGUUGGCAGUGGGGGUAGCAGCACAUGGGAGGAGUAAUGCACUCAAAAGCAAUCAGAUCUUCUUCCUCUUUUUGAAGAAGUUUAUGCAAGACUGGAGUCUGCAGUUUCUAGAGUCUGGGAAGACAUGUUUGUUCUGUCCAACUUAGCAAAAGAACGUGGAUGUUCUUGGCACAGAGCUGCGGGAGCUUUGCUUCAUUAAUCUUACUGCUGCGUCCCAAGGCUCCCUGAAGUUUGAAGCAGUUUCUGCAAGAUGCUCUCUGCUAGUAAUAAUGUAAAACAAAAACCCCAACUGAACAAUGACCAGAAAAGCAGAGAAGCAUGUGGGACAGUCCCCCAUGGAAAUCAGUGCAUGCCCUCGCAUUUCCUUCCUUCCUGUCACCCACUUCUGGGCACCUGCUCAGCCUGGCCUUUAUAAUCCCCCUCGAUUAGGCUCCUGGACUCAUCUCUCCACAGCUGUGAGCUCGAAGGCCACUGCUGAAAAGCAAGGCCUUGUCCCAGUCUCCACUGGGCCAGGAACACAUCUCUCUGACACCUCCAAAAACCCCUCAGAGGUGAAAAGCACUGAGUUCCCAAGCAGGGACACGAUCACCGUGUAUUUCUGAAAAGCUGUCUACUUUUUCAUGUCCUUUUGUGUUCGUCGCAUUCAUCAUAAGUAGUUCUUCAGUUUUUUGCAGUGUUGUUCUGAUUUCAAGGAGAAGGGAAGCCAUGGAAUCUAAGUGGAUUGCCUGCCUGGGUUAUCUGAAUGUGCGUGGCAAAGUUAGAACUCCUUUGAACCGCAGGCACUGUGUCUUCUUCCUGUGACGCUCUGCUGUCCCCUCCCAGAGAAAAACUCUCAUUGUCAUCAUACCUCUGAGUAUAGCAGCACCUGGAGAUAAAGUUAAAAAUGCAACGAAAUACGCAUAGCUGGAAGGAAAACCAACCGAAUAGACACCAAUCAGUCGGUACACGUAAUGAUGAACAAACCUUCUGGAACUGCUGUGACACACAAGGUUUCACUCAUGAAACCCUUUCAGAAAUUUCAGAUACUUUUUUAUGGUUCUAAAGAAGAUUUCUAGCUGGCACUGUCCAUCCUCCUCCCACCUAGCUAUGGGAUAUGUGGAUGGAAGCAAAGGUCUGGAUACAUCUGCUGCUUGUCACAACAUCCACCAGAUAAACAAGACGAGUUUUGUGAGAGAGAAAUUAAAACUCAAAUGCACGAGCGAUGAUGAAUUGAUCCGGGCCUGCAUCAGCCUGUAGGGAACAUGUAGAACAGGACAGUGUUGCAUUUUUCUUCUCCAUGGAGUGAGAGGCUGGGUAUUUUUAGCAAGGAAAUCAGUGUGGCAUGCUGGAGGUUUGGCUGCCAGGGACAGGCAUGAUGGAAAGUUCUCUGGCCCGGGCUUUCAUGAAGGAGAGAAGAAGAUCUGAAGGUGCACAUCCCUUUGCGUGCCACUUAAAGAAAAUUUCCUUAGCAGGCUGCUCAGGCCUUUUGCAGCCAUACUAGCCCCUCAUUUGCAGCUUUGGGGGAAAGUCCCUCAGUGAGACAGUGGCCAUGGAUUCUCUUCAACAGUGCACAGGAAGAGAGUGCAGCAAUCUAGUUGCAGCGAGAAAGGUGGUCCGGCUUCGAGUCACCAGGGAAGGGAUAAAUGCAGAAGUGCAGGGCAGAUGGCCUGGGAGGAAGCUGUUGUGGGAAAGUAGAGAUUAACCUGGAAGAAAAGAAAAGAUGAUCAUGAUUUUCUUUGCUGCAGCCAGGCAAGCAGAGUGUAGAAUGACCAGGCAAAUUAACAGCAUCCCAGUGAUUAUUGGAAAUAACCCAUUGUGAUGCUUAUUCAAAUAAGAAUUACGCUUCAGGGCACUGAGCUCUGAACUUAGGCCCUCUUCUUACUGUAUUCCAUUGCUUGUAUCAGAGCCACCUUUUUCUAGUAGAAAACUACGCAUUUCCUUUGAAAUGCAUCCAUCCCUUUGACCACCAGGAAUGUAUAAGAACUGUGGUAAGAUAAGCCAUUUGGUACUAUUUUUAUGUAUUUUAAAUGCAUAACUUAGGUAAAAUAAGAAUAGCUUGUAUGCAUAUUAAAAGUUUUGCAGUAUGCAGACAACCAUGGAUGCCUUCAAAGGCUGUACACUUAUGUAUAUUUAGCUCUUUUUGUUAAAUAGAGUUAACAUGACA